CUCGUCGGGGUUUCUAAAUCCCCGUUCAAAGCCACUGCGAAGUCGGCUCAAAACAAAAAUGACUUAAUUACUAGGAUUCUGUGUUUUCCUUUAACGCUUAUAUGCCUUCCAAAUUAAAAAUAGUUAGACAAUUCAAACAUGUACUUAAUGUAAAAUAGAUGUAUGUUUCUGGACGAUGCGCCAUGUUGCCAAAAUGACGGAGCGAUGCAGAUUACUGUUCGAUUUGAGAAGGACGCGCCUCUCCCCGUUUUGGCCCGGUAACGUGACCAGCCUAUGCCCGGUGCCCAGCGGUUCAGCAUAAUCGAAUCCGCCCAUUGGGCAGGACUCAUUUUGACAACGGGAACACGAAACAUAAAUAGACAAACAGAAGAACCAUCAAAUAAAAACAGCAAACUAUGUCUCUAUCGAAAUAUUGACCUGCGUACUCAACGUUAUAUUCAGACUAGAACUCGGAUUUAUCUCAAAACUAGUCGUUUCUAGUUAAAGUAUUGGUGAGACUGAUUUCAACACACUGGUAAUUUCAAACCUCAAGCCACCUGCCCUCUGCUCGGAGUUCAAUACCCGAGAGGAGGGCGCACAAAUUCAGCCUCAUACAGACAGACAGAGGGACGGACAGACAGAUAUAUAGACAGACAGACUGGCAGAAGGACAGACAGGCAUCAGGAUGCCUCUGUUCUUCAGAAAGAGGAAGCCCAGUGAGGACUCCAAGAAGCGUCUGGAGUAUCAACUGUGCCUGUCUAAAGAAGUAGGGGCUGGUGACAUUCUGGACAUCUCAGUUUGUGAGCUCACAGAGGUUCCAACCAGUGCGUUUUCCAUAUGCAAGGUGCUACAGAAGAAGGUCUUCAUUCUCCAUGGAAACCAGCUGAAGUCCAUGGUGCCCAAAGGCUGUUGCAUCAACUUUCUGGUCACACUAAAGGUGUUGGAUUUGCACGAGAACAUGCUGACCGCCCUCCCUGACGAUAUAGGGCAACUAGCAUCCCUGCAGGUGCUGAAUAUAGAAAAUAACCAGAUCAAGGCCCUGCCGGACUCCAUUGGGGAUCUCAGACUUCUGCAGACCCUCAAUGUGAAAGGUAAUUGUCUAAGUCAGUUGCCUACUUCUGUGGGCCGUAUGAGCAGCCUGCGCACACUUGACCUGAGUGAGAACAGUGUGAGGGAGUUACCCCGGGACCUGGCUCUGGCACGCACUCUAGAGAGCCUGACCCUGGACGCUGCUCUGAUGUCCUACCCCCCUGCCUCGGUGUGCACCACGGGGACUGAGGACAUCCAACGGUUCCUCUGCACUGAGCUGGGGGAGGAGUACUGCCCCUCGUCUCAGUUCCUGCUGCCCGUGCUGGAGAGUGACUCAGGGAAGCAGAGCCCGGACAAUGUGGACAGCCUGGAGGUGGCCUGGCAGAGUAAGUUCAAUGACUUUGAGAAGAGAAAGGAGCAGAAGAACCAGGAGAAACUGGCAUUUGAGCGUCAGCUGGACGAGAAGCAGAAGGAGCACCACCAGCUCCUCCUCAUGAACAACUCCCACAAGGAGAACAUCCUGCUGUCUGUCAGACAGGAGCAGGAGCGUCUGGAGCUAGGCGUGUCAGUGCAGCAGAGGUUCCAGGAGGUUGAGAGGCAGAGGAUUCUGGGUAAGGUCCGCCAGGCCGAGACGGGCAUCGCUAACCGCAUCAGCAACCUGCUACUGGACAACAAACGACAAAGAAAAAGUGCAGAGUUUCUCCAACAGUUGGAGCAGGACCGGAUACGGAUGGAGCAUCUGACGGCCAUCACACAAGAAGAGACCAACUCACUCAGGAAGAGAGAGGUAGCAGUGGCCAUGCAGAAGAUGUUGUCAGAGAGCUGCUCUAUGCGUCUGAUGCAGGAAGCCAGUGACUCACGCAGACAGAGUCUGGUCACUGAGGCCUGCAGGAGUCUGGAGAGUCAGGACAGGAAGUUCGAUCAGGUGCUUUCGCUCCAGCAGCUAGACAAAUCCAAAGCCAUCGCUUGUAUCCUACAGGAGGAGGAGAUGCAGAAGGCAGCCUUCCAGGCACUGCAGCUGCAGAAGGACAGUGUGCACGGCUACAUCCAACAACAGAUCAGGCUAAUAGAAGGAGAGUUAAUGCAGCUGACUAAACUGGAGGUUAAGAGACACAAUCUGGACGCUGAGAACCUGCAGGAGGUGCUGUGGGAGCAGCGAUCGGCUCUCAGUGACCUGCUGCAGCAGCUGCUGAAGGAGAAGGACCAGAGAGAGGUGGAGCUGAGACAGGUCCUCCAGGAGAUGGAGCUGAAGAGUGACUCCAACCAGCAGAACUACUGGCUGAUCCAGUACCAGAGGCUGCUGGAUGCGAAGCCUCUAUUGCUACGCAUGCAGGAGGUUGGUGUGGAGAGUGACCUUGUCAGUCUGCUGUGUAAGCUGUCAGCCCAGCACUAUCUCCCCAUCAUGGCCCACCACAGAGUCACUUCCGAGGCCCUGCGCCACAUGACCACCAAAGACCUCCGCAAGCUGGGAAUCAAUGAGAUGGGUAUCCAGAAGGCUCUUCUCAACUGGGCCAGGGAGCAGCCCACCGCGCCUUCUGAAGGGGCCUGCAAGGCCGAUCCUCAGGUAGAGGAAGCUGUCCAGUCACCAUCUUCUCUACCCAGCGCCCCCGGCGAGACACCCACCUCCACCCCUCCACUGACCCCCGUCAACCCUUCAGCCCCCAGCCUCAUCGACGGCCCGGGUAGCUCAGAGUGUGUGGUGUGCAUGGAGACAGGGUCUCAGGUAAUCUUCCUGCCCUGUGGCCACGUGUGCUGUUGCCAGAUGUGCAGCGAUGCCCUCCAGACCUGCCCCUUGUGUCGCAGCAACAUCGCCCAGCACCUACGCCUCUACCACGGCUAAAGGGACCUUCUUUCCAACCUUCUGAGGCCUCAAUGUGGCCUGGGAGAGCCACAAGCACUCUACCUGCAGGCUUUUGUUCCAGCACUCACUUCAUCUUAUGCCUGGCAAUAUCUGCAACUCUUAUCAUACAAGUCUAGGAAAUAGCCUGUUUUCUCAUCUUUAACUCUGUCAACCAAGUCACUUUUUUUAAUCACAUUUUGUGACCCAAAAGGGACAAGGUCAAUGACUGUUAGGUGUGGUGAGGGAGAGAUGUCUUGCCUUAGGGAAAUAACUGUGUAGUACCUUUGCUCACUCUUCUCUUCAUAGUUAAAAUAGUGGUUGGCCACCCUUUAAAAUGCAUCAUCAUACAUAUCAUACAUCAAAUGGUAACCAAUGACACUUUUCUGAUCUCUCUCUCUCCAUUCAAGUGCUCUUAUAGUCAUUUGUAAACAUAGCAUGCUACAGGUUAUAGGAAACUUAUAUUGUACGGAAUGAUACCAUCAAACAAUCUGUGUUAAAAAUAUGCUGAAUAUGAAGACAUUUAAUUGUAAUGUGGUGAUGUGUUAUAAUGUUCCUUAGCUGGUUAUGUGAUCACUUUCAACUUGUGUGUAUUCAGCUUCUGAAUGUGUUCUCUUGGUUGGUUCAAUAGACGCUAUCAUACUCUCUCCUAGUAUUUGCCACAGAUCACCUAUAUGUACUGUCAAUGGCUUUUCACGCACUGAGCCGAACUGGGCUGGGCCCGGUUUCCCAAAAUCAUCUUGUGGCUAAGUUAAUCACAAGAACCUUAGUAGGAGCGUUGUUUCCCAAAACCAUCGUUACUAAAGAUGCACUUAACGCUUGUUAUUUAACGGCUGCCUCAGCUGUUCUACAAGUGGUCUAAGUGCGUCAUUUUUUUUUGCCCUUUCAGUUUAUACACAAGAUCUACGGAUGUUUAUCUGUGACCGCCGAUAACUACAAAUACCAAGUUACCAAUGUCUUUGCAAUUGUUACAUACAAGCGAAAACCGAGAUGUGUUGGCUACAUAGGCCAAUAUGUAAAUCAAUUUCAUGUUAAUUUCAUUGAGUUAUAUUUAGCUAAUUUGCCUCCAUUUAAUGUGUAACGUGCGCACUGAUGUUCCAAAGCUACAACUGUGCAUUAUUUUAGGGUAGCCUCAGCAAUGGAAUAAGCCGUCUCAAUAUUUGCAGCCAUAUGGGGAUAUCUCGGAGCUGAUCCGUCGUCGUAUUGUGGAACAAUUUGAAUGGAGAAAGCUGAUCCAAGGGCAGCACUGCCUUUGUUUCGACACCACCAGUAUCAAAAAAAUGUAGUGCUUUGGGAAACAUGAGAGUUCUUCGGUCGUUAUAGGAACGAUCCAUCGUUAAAAACAUUCGUAAGCUUAAAUUGCAUCGCUAUCGGGAAAACCCGGGGCCUGGUCUGGUUAGGCGUCCACCAUGUCAAAAGAAAAUCUCUGGUUAGGGUUGGCAAAAUUGUGUGAUUAGAGUAUCAGUGUCAGGUACAUGAUCACUUAAAGCUGCUCUAGAAUGUAAAUAUAUACAGAAGAAUAUAUCCUUUCAUUUGUAUGCAAACAGCUUUGUAUAUGGUAGUGUCAAAUAUAAUAGUUACACUGCAUACAAUAGCAUGUUAUACACACACACCUGUUUAAUAUUUACUUAUUGCAUAGAUUGUUUAGUUUCCUUCCAAUAGUGUAUAUCCUUAAAAUACAGAUAUAUCAAACGAAAUGGGCAGAUAAAAUACCAUAUGUGUGGGUGUUAUUUGAUGCAGUGGGCAUAGCCUGGCACCUAGCCUAGUAUCAAGACUCGAUGUAAACCAUAUCGCUAAUUUAAGAGUAUCACAUGGUCAGGCCUCCAGCCUCAGAUUUAUGCCUGCAUCACUCUCGGUCUUCUAUGCAUAAAAUGCUGAACUUUCUAGAUGUUAAAUCACUUCAGUCUAUUUCAUGUAUAUUUCUUUCAUUCCAGUGUUGGUAAGUAUGGGUUGUCAUCACUUAGGUAACACUCCGUAUCCUGCUAUAAUAUGCAUUAAAAAGACAUGUUCAUGUAGCCUUGCUUAUAUUGAAUUAUUUCAUGCCAUGCAUGUUGUCACUUUUGUGAUGUUAUUGCAGGAUACGUGGAGUAACGGUUACCGUCACUUCUCUUCACUAGUAGUUUGAUGGAAAAAGCCUAUGCAAAUCUGCUCUACCCUUUCCUUGGUUUGUGAUUUGACAGUGCAUUAUCUUAGUCAUUUAAUGCACUGACAUUUGAAUAAAAUGUAAACUGCA